GACGGCCCCUCCAAGUCUACUCCUCCGACCCCGACCGACCCAGCCAUGUCUUCCACAACGAGGACGGUUUUGCCGGAUGUUUCACGGAGAACGAUUUCUCCGUUCGAUUUGAGUCCCAGUGAUAAUCCGGGAUUGAUUCUCUCGCAGCCGUUGUUACGCGGCCAUAACUAUGAGGAGUGGUCCAUUAACAUUCGGCAUGCCUUGAAAUCGAGGAAGAAAUUUGGUUUUGUCAGUGGUGCAAUACCACAACCGGAUUCUUCUUCGUCGGACUUUGAAGAUUGGAAAACGAACAAUUCACUCACCGUGUCUUGGAUUAAGAACACGCUCGAGCCAAGCCUGCGUUCGGACGUGAUUCAUCGUGAAUUUGCGAAGGAUUUGUGGGAUUAUCUUAAACGGAGGUUCGGGAUGACUAGUGCCCCGCGACUGCUCCGUCUUAGGAGUGAUCUCGCAAAUUGUCGACAGCAAGGGUUAUCGGUCGAAUCAUAUUUUGGUAAGCUCACCAAAUUGUGGGACGACUUGGCUUCCCUUCGGGCGGUUAAAGUGUGCAAGUGCGGAGGUUGUUCCUGCAAUGUCACGGCCGAACUCGAGAAGCAACAUCAAGAGGAUCGGUUGUACGAGUUUUUACUUGGCCUUGAUGAAGCAAAAUUUGCCACGGUUCGAUCGAACCUAUUGUCUCGUCUUCCUCUACCGACUGUCGAGGAAGCUUACCUCGUUGUGGUUCAAGACGAAGCUUCUAAAGAUUCCCUGUCUCGGUCCAAUAAUACUCCUAACGUGUCGGCCUUCACAGUUAAUGCAACAGCUAAGCCUCGCGCCUCCUCUGCCGUAAAAGACAAGUCCGUCAUCUGUACACACUGCGGGCGAUCAGGUCAUGCGGCUGAUUCGUGUUUCCAGCUGCUAGGCUACCCGGAGUGGUGGGGAGAUCGCCCACGAAAUCGAGCUGGUCGCGGUUCGGGAUCUUCGGGUGGUGCUCGCGGUCCCGGUGUUGGUCGGUCUAAUGCGACUCGUACUGUGUCACAACCUGCUGCGUCUUCGUCUUCUGUUGCUGUUGUCGACUCGGACAGACCUCCUUCGGCCGACCUUAGUGAUGAUCAGUGGAAGACCCUGAUUUCUCUCCUUGCCGGGAAGAUGGGGGCAACCGAGACUUCGUCGGGACCGGGCUUCGAAGACACUGAUUGGAGCGGGUGAAUUGCGUGAAGAUCUCUAUUUCUUCCGAGGGGUUGAGUUUGCGGCGGCUGU